GUAGAAAUGUAAGAAAUAAAAAAAAAAAAAUCAGUCUUCAAUUCUUCAUCUUCUUUCUCUCUCUCUCAUCAUCGUACCAACUCGAAACUGCAAAAGUACAAACCCUAGUAAGGAAGAAAACCACCCCUCAAAAAAAAAAAUCCCCAAUUUCUUCGAAUCCCUAACCCUAAUUUCAACCCUUUACUCUACAUUUUCCUGAACAAUUCGAUCAAUUUUUUUUCUAAUUAUUUUAGUCGAAGAUCACAUCGAAAAUGCAAUCGGAUUUAAAAUUCAGGUCGUAACAGAUCGAAUGAUGGUAACCCUAGCGAUAACUGAGAAUCACGACGCCGAUUGUAUGGGAACAGAAACAUGCCGGAGCUUCAAAGAGGGGUAAAACGACGUCGUACUUCUGUCAAGAAUCAGAAAUCUGAUCAUUUGGUUGGUAAUUACAUUCGAACUCGCGCCGCGGUUGCUAGAGAAACAGCAAAGGCGGCGGAAGCAGCUGGGAAGAAGGUUGUUGAGGAGAGAGAAAGGGUUGUUAAGAAUCCCCCAAGAACUAGAUUAGCUAUUAAGAAGGCUAAACAGGUACAAAUCCCAAAAAUUAUUAAUAAUAAUUGUAAUAAGAAGAAGAUUGUUAGUAAAGUUCCGCUGAUUGUGGUCUCUGAGAACGGAACUCGGUCAAAGGAGAGAGAAUCAGAGGAGGAGGAAGAAGAAGAAGAAGAAGAAGAAGAGGAGGAGGAGGAGGAAGAGGAGGAGGAGGAAGAGGAGGAAGAGGAGGAAGAAGAAGAAGAAAUGUUGGGUGAUGAUAGUGGUGGGUUAAGUGCCAAUAAUAAGGCUACUGGUCAGGAUGAUGAUGGGAAUAAAUCCCCUUUUCCUGAAAGGGUUCAAGUGGGUGGUUCCCCUUUGUAUAAGGUGGAAAGAAAAUUAGGGAAAGGUGGGUUUGGUCAGGUGUUUGUGGGGCGUCGUGUUAACGAACGUGCCACCGGUGUCGGGGCUUUGGAGGUGGCUUUGAAGUUUGAGCAUAAGAACAGCAAAGGCUGUAAUUAUGGUCCCCCAUAUGAAUGGCAAGUUUACAAUACUCUUGGUGGUAGCCAUGGUGUGCCCAAGGUGCAUUAUAAAGGGAGGCAAGGAGAGUAUUAUGUAAUGGUCAUGGACAUGCUUGGACCGAGCUUGUGGGAUGUUUGGAAUUCUUCUGGGCAGACGAUGUCAGUUGAAAUGGUUGCCUGUAUAGCAGUUGAGUCAUUAUCAAUUCUCGAGAAGAUGCAUACUAAAGGUUAUGUGCAUGGAGAUGUGAAGCCAGAAAACUUUUUACUUGGACAGCCCUCUACUUCGCAGGAGAAAAAAUUGUUUCUUGUUGAUCUUGGACUAGCUACAAAAUGGAGGGAUACUUCUAGCGGGCAGCAUGUUGAAUAUGAUCAGCGUCCUGAUAUGUUCAGGGGAACAGUUCGAUAUGCCAGUGUACAUGCCCACCUUGGCCGAACAGCCAGCAGAAGAGAUGACUUGGAGUCUCUUGCAUAUACACUUAUAUUUCUUCUGAAGGGAAGGUUACCUUGGCAAGGGUACCAGGGUGAUAACAAAUCAUUUCUGGUUUGCAAAAAGAAAAUGGGAACCUCCCCUGAAGUUUUGUGCUGUUUUUGCCCAACGCCUCUUAAACAUUUUGUUGAAAUAGUUGUGAAUAUGAAAUUUGAUGAAGAGCCCAACUAUUCUAAGCUGAUAUCAUUGUUUGAUGGGUUGAUUGGACCAAACCCAUCCAUAAGGCCUAUAAACACUGAUGGAGCUCAGAAGAUCAUCUAUCAAGUUGGACAAAAACGUGGAAGGCUAAAUGCUGACGAAGAUGAUGAUGGGCAACCAAAGAAGAAGGUCCGUAUGGGUGUUCCAGCCACCCAAUGGAUUUCAGUUUAUAAUGCACGAUUACCUAUGAAGCAGAGGUACCAUUAUAAUGUUGCUGAUGGUCGAUUGGCACAGCAUGUGGAGAGAGGUAAUGCUGAUGGCUUGCUUAUAAGCUCCGUGGCAUCAUGUUCAAACCUGUGGGCGUUGAUUAUGGAUGCGGGCACUGGCUUUACUCAUCAAAUUUAUGAGUUAUCAACUCAAUUUUUGCACAAGGAGUGGAUCAUGGAACAAUGGGAGAAGAACUUUUACAUCAGUUCUGUUGCUGGUGCUACCAAUGGUAGCUCCCUUGUGGUGAUGUCCAAAGGUACUCAAUACACGCAGCAAUCUUACAAAGUGAGUGAUGCAUUUCCCUUCAAGUGGAUAAAUAAGAAAUGGAGAGAAGGAUUUCAUGUCACCUCAAUGGCUACUGCUGGAUCAAGAUGGGGUGUUGUCAUGUCCCGUAAUGCUGGAUUUAGUGAUCAGGUUGUGGAGCUAGAUUUUUUGUACCCAAGUGAGGGCAUUCACAAGCGCUGGGACAGUGGUUAUCGAAUAACUUCAACUGCUGCUAAUAUUGAUCAAUCUGCACUUGUCUUGAGUGUGCCAAAGCGCAGGCCAGGUGAUGAAACUCAGGAAACAUUGAGGACCUCUCAAUUUCCAAGCACACAUGUUAAGGAUAAAUGGGCGAAGAAUCUGUAUCUUGCAUGUCUGUGCUACGGAAGAACUGUUUCAUGAUACUCUUGUAAUUAGCAAGUUGUAACAGAAAAUAUGAACUAAAACAGAAUGAGGGCCUUCUUUCUCAUCAGUUGGCCCUUUCGUUAUGUUAGGGAUGGAAUUGGCAGCCAAGUUGGGGAACUUUGUUUCUUAAGCAAUUAUGUGUGAAACAGGUCCCUGUAUGUUGUAUUGCUAUUUGUCACCACUAGUGGCCUCCUUUGUCGAUUACAAUCGAUAAAGUGGUGCUAUUUAUGUUCAUUCUGUUCCCUUGAUGCCUGUUUUAUAGUUAAGAUAACGAUUCAACAAUGAUUUUUAUUUAUAUUGCUGAGGACACUAUGCUUAGCUUAGAUUAUUA